AUGGCGUCACUCAAGGUCUUGUUUACCGUCCUCCUUCUCAAUGCCCAGUCUGUGCUGGGCAUUGACCGUGUGUGCCAGCAUUUCCCAUACAAUGAGUUGCUCCCUCUCAAGCACUACCCGCCAGCGGAAUUAUACUGUUCUCGCCAUUAUCCCUUGCCUACUUCGACCGUCACUCGAACAGUGACGAUUCCGACAACCGCAGUUGUGACGAUCUCCAAGCCUGCCAAGACUCUUACGCUCACCACCGGAAUCACCACAUCUACGGUCUACACAUCGACUGCGACAGCGUACGUCUACACGACUACACAGACUGCCACGGUUACCACUGGAACUUCGACACAGACUGUUCACACCGGCACGGAGAUUGAUACGGUCUACACCCAGACAGAUGUUGUCACCGUAUACACUGCUACAUCGACCGACUACCAAACUACUGGAACCGACACCAUCACCACAACUGUAGCUACGGUCUCCACAACAAUCACAACCGCGACCAUCACAGUUUUUGAGACCCAGCAAGCCACGGUAACAGCCUCAUCUGGAACUGUUACGGCCUACACAACUAUCGAUACUGGCCUGCAGAAGCGCCAUUACCACGAUUAUCGCGAUGAUCUUCUGCCGAAGCUGGCCAGAUGCCAGAAUAAUAUCUUAAAGACGGCUUGCUCAUGUAUCGAAGUUUCCGGACCGACGCGUACCGCCACGCAUACGACCAAGUGCACCCAUACUUCGUUCAAGACUGUCGGCGGUGUGACCAAAACUGUGAACGUCGUCGGCACAACCACAACGAAAGAGGCGUCAACGUCUACCAUCAGCACCGCAUCUACAACCACUACCUCUGUUGGUUAUGUGACCACAGUAUUGGAUACUGAAACAGAUACUAUUAGUACUGAUUCGGUCUCGACUCUGUCGACAGUCUUUAUCAGCGAAGUCCCUACGGCCACCGUCACGACAGUGUCAAUUACUGCUUCCUCACCAGUCAAUGUAGCAUUAACCACAACAGUUCCUACAACAUCUACUACGACGGUCAUAGUACCUGCCGCUACUGUUACUCUCGCAACUAGCGUUGCGUAUACCAAAGUAUUUGGUCCACAAGAUGGCUGCUCCUAUGUCUUGGAAGCUGACUUCCUCGAUCAAUAUUCGCAAGACAUCCCCGCUGGUACAUCGCAUGCUGCUAGAGCUGCCAUUUGCGCUGCGUUCUGCGACAGAACGCCUGGAUGCAAAACAGUUGGUAUGAACUGGUUCCCAUCUUGCGGAGCCAACGGCGAGUCGGUGUACUGCAUUGCUUCUCAAGAUGCGUGGGCGGGCUCAGGUACCAUGGAGUGCGGUAUUGGAACUGGAUAUAAUGGAUGUUCCAUCUACCAGGAUGGCACUGUAUUUCAGAAAACCUAG